UUUAGCUGAAAACGACGGUCACACUGCCAUGCCGGCAGCAAAUUGACAAAUUGACAAUUACUUGAGGAAAAGCUUAAAACUCUCGAAGGAAAUGGAGCUGGAACUGGACGUGGUGGACUCGCUGCAGGCGCUGGCCUACGAAGGAGCCUGCCUGCAGCAGCAGAACCUGAGUCGCGCCCUGGACGCGGGAAUCGGAAGUCCUGAUCUGCGGGCGGUGGUCCAUUGGUUAGCCCACGAAUUGCACGUUCUGCGGAAAACCGAUGAACGUGUGAGCUCUAGCCAAAAGGACAACGACGAGUUCGCCUUCGAGUUGUCCCUGCUGCUCACGGAACUUGGCUGCCCCUACCGCCGGCUGGUGCAGGGCGCCAUCGAUCAGCGUUUCCAGGACCGGGACGCACUGGUCCAGCUGCUGGAGUACCUCACAUCCGAACUGAUGACCACCAAGAUGGUGCUGAAGGCCCAGCCCGUGGGUCCACCCUGCAAACGCUCGAAAACCGAUUCCAAUGUCCAACAGGCUGUGGAAAGCCUAGCCAAAGAUCUGCAAUUGGGCGAACUCCCGAAGAACAUCAAUACCAAGCUGCUCUUCGAGAAGAUUACGCCCCGUUUGGAGCAGUCCCUGAAGCAAGUCAAUCCUCAGGUGCUCAGUGAACCCCUGCUGAAGCUUAAGAAGCCUUUGACUGAUGGCCAGUGGCGCGUGUUGGAGUCCCUGCAUCGAGAUCUGGAGGCGGAGUACAAUCUACGUCGUCAGAUGAUGACCACGCGGCUGGAGGCCACUGUGCAGAGCUUUCAGUGGUCGGAGUCCAUGUGCCAGCGGUCCAAUGAGAUCAUGGACCGCUUUAACCGCAAGAUGCGGGAGGUGGAGCAGCUUAAGGUUGGCGGAGAGCAGACCGACAUGGUGGCUCUGCUGGCAGCUCGCUCGGAUCUCGCCAUCAUUGAGAAGACAAGCUCGGCGAAUGUGAGGAAGAACACGGCUUCCAAAAUCCAAAAGCAUGUGAUUGGACGGGUGCCCGAUCGCGGGGGCAGGGCCAAUGAGCAUGCUCCUCCGCCACCGGAGAUGCCCUCGUGGCAGCAGCAAAGGGCCAGUGGUCCCCCAGGAGGCGGACGUGGUGGAGGAGGUAAUUUUAGAGGAGGAAGGGGAGGCGGCGGCGGACAAGGAGGCGGCGGCGGCGGUGGAAGGGGAGGCGGAGGUGGACAAGGAGGCGGUGGCAACUGGCAGCAACCUCAACAGCAGCAGCAGCAGUAUCAAAAUCAAAGUCAAAACCAGCGCGAUCGCAGCCGCGAGAGAAAUGACCAGCAAUGGAUCAGCGGCAGUGGACGUGUUCAGGGAACUGGCUGGAAUCCGCAGGCCGGACGAGGAGGUGGAGGUGGAGGAGGAGGUGGACGUGGCGGUGGUGGAGGACGUGGAGGACAGCGUGGCGGCUACCGAUGAUCCUUGAUCCCGUAUAACUAUGAUUUUAAGGAAACGCAACAUAGAGCUACAACGACUGAUCCUCCUAUUAUCCAUUAACAUUACGUUCCUUAACCACACGCAUAACCCAGUUUAAUUUAUUGCGAAACCGAUUAAAUGUGUUUAUAAUUGCAAAUGGACAGGUAUUUAAAAAUAAACUAUAUAUGUCAUCUAUUUGCCAGCAAA